AGAGCAGGAGGUGACGAGAUUAAAAAUAACAGUUUAGAGUUUAAAUUUUGCAAAAAUAAUAGAGAUGCUACUAGCUCUUUUAGUAUCAAUCUCAGCUGACAAGUGCUCACCUAUACAAAGCCAAGAAUGAAAAGUCAACUCGUUUUUUUCCUCGCUUGCUUUGUGAUUGCGACUUGCGCUACGUAAAUAGAAAGAGAGUGAGUGAGCUUACAUUAGUGAAUUAGUGGUUGCGCUGUUUAGUAGCAAAAUUAAGGCAUUACACACCGUUUUAGUGCAGCACUAGUAGGAAGAGGGUCAGAAAUCUGACGAAAAUUGCGUCGAAAAAACGCACAAAGAGUGUUUGUGUCAAGUGUGUUUACGUUCCGUCAUCGAUCUAGCAGUUCUGUUCAGAGCCUGCUGUGGUUGGUGUCCUCCACUCGCAGUAGCCAGCAGCAGUCGUAAUAGUUUUGCGCAGUUUCGUCAGCUUCGAGUUCCGUCAUGGAUCUGAUUUCGGAGGGUGGUGCCCCGGAGAACUUUCACAUUUCGUUCGGCAACGAGGACGACGAUUCCAAUCUGAGCGGGAGUGGGCAGCGGUGUCCGCUGUGCUGCUACUCGAGGCGUCAUUUUCACUGCAAGAGUUGCAUCCGGAACGGGGACUUUUUGCACUCGUCCCACCAUCUGCUGGAGAGGUUCUCGGAGAAGCAGCUGCGUUACAAGAAUCUCAAGACGGCACACGCCACGUUGGAGAACAAAUGCGUCCAGAUGUUGACGCGGCGGAGGUUGGCCUGCCAGCUGAGGGCCGAGAUUAAGCAAAAGGCGGAGAAUAUUCAGAAUAUCCGGAAGUUGAUGGAACUCCGGCGGGGCAAUGUGGCGCGGCUGUUGGAUCUGAAGAAGGAGCUGCACGAAUCGAAUCGAAGUCUGCGAAUAAAACUGCCACAGUGCGAUAAGAAGGUCCGGAUAAUUGGAGAUUACGUCCUGUCGAAGCUGGACGAGAGCGAACGACGUCGGGAGUGUCUUACGGAACUGCAGGAGAAGCUACGACAGCUGAAGCGUGACCACGUCGACAAGUUGGUCAAGUUCAUCUUUCCAAUUUCGCAAGCCAUCAGCAAUCGGAGUAGUUUCUCGAGCAGUGACGGCGAGAGCAAAAACACCAUCAACGAAAUCUCCGAGGCCACCCGGACGGCCUACGUCCGAGGGAAGUGGAUCCUGCAGGACAGUUUCGGCGAGAUUCAGCACAUUAUCGUGGCACCAGCGCUGCCCGGCAAUGGAAACUAUUCCGCGUACAACGACUGGGCCACGGUCACUCCGGCGACGGACGUUUCCGUCGUCGGUCACGGGAAAGCCGGUGAAGACGCUUCCAAGAACGUGGCCAGCCGAAAUCCGGCCCACACAAUUGCCGCGGCGCUGACCUAUACCAGCCAGCUCGUACAGAUCAUGUGCUUCUACCUGGACAUCCGCCUACCGUACAAGCUCGCGUACAGCGACUUCUGCACCACGGCCCUGUCCGAGGCCCAGUUCAACCGGAAGGUGGCCCGACUCAACGCCAACAUCCUGUACCUCUGCUACACGCAGGGCUGUCGACUCAACGAACUGCGACCCACGCACACCCUCGAGAACCUCCAAAAACUCAUGAACCCAACCCACGCCAACCUGGGCCGCCUCGCUCCGAUGGAUCGUAACUUUUGCCUCAACGAACUGGCGGACAGUGCCCUCACGCAGCAUCUUGGCGCCGGAGAAGAUUCCGAUUCGGAUGACGAAUCGAACCUCCAGCAGGAGUGGGAAGCCGUCCCGAGCAACCUCCCGCCGCCGUCCCCGGUCUCGCUCCACCCAGCCAACACCCCGUACGGCAAUACCCUCCACUACCAAGCGGCGAUGGCGGCGGCCGGAACAGGUCAGCAUGCGGGCGCCGCCGCCGCCGCAACCACCAGUCUCAUGACCAGUGCCGUCGCUUCGGUGACCUCGUUCUGGAAGGGUUGGACGGGGAAGUGAGCCGGCGGCCGGGGCCCGGGUUCCAGGAGGCCGCACUCGUGUAUAAUGUGAUAGUGUGAUGUGACGGAAGGAGGAAGGCGGACAUACGCGACUGUUCCAAAGGAGAUCGCGAGCGCAAGGUAACGUUUGUUCAUGAUCAAUACUAGGCUCUACUAAAAAGAAAAAAUCAACUAAACUGAAUUUAUCACGCAUAGUUUUAUUUUUUAAACGACUCAAAGAUAUUAAUAAAAUCCACUCGUUUUUGCAUUUUUUCUAAUGUUA